GCCCGGGGCCGGCGGACGGGCCGCGAUGGCGGGGCCGGGACCGGGACCGUACCGCGCCACCCGCCUGUGGAACGAGAUCACCAAGUACUUCCGAGCGGGAAUGCCCCUGAGGAAACACAGGCAGCACUUCAGGAAACACGGGAGCUGUUUCACUGCCUCGGAAGCCGUGGAUUGGCUCCAUGAGGUGCUCAGGAAUAACAGCAACUUCGGUCCCGAGGUGACCAGGCAGCAAACGUUGCAGUUACUGAGGAAAUUCCUCAAGAACCACGUCAUUGAGGAUAUAAAAGGGAGGUGGGGAGCUGAAAACCUGGAAGACAACGGUGCCCUGUACAGAUUUCCUUCAACAUCUCCAGUUAAACCUCUACCAAGCCCACCAAGAGAGAACUUGGAAAACUUCCCUGCAGACAAAGAAAAACUUUUUAAGUUGCCCCAUUUAUCCAAGAGGACUUUGAAAAAACACGAGUUACUGCAGUCCCUGGAAAACCUAGAAAAAGCAAAGCCUGAUGUGAUAAAAGAAAACAAGGAAGACACACUACAGAAUAAGGAAAUAAGCCAGCAAUAUGUGCAAGAAACUUGGAGAAAUAUCAUUCUGAUACAUUUGCAGACCAUUCUGGGCCUCCCAUCGCUGGAGGAGGUUCUGCAGCCAGCACAGGUGGUCCCUGAGCACGUCAUGUACAACAUGAGCAACACCAGCAAACACGGGGUGGUGAUUCUGCAGAACAAGUCAGAAGACCUCCCUCACUGGGUGCUGUCAGCUAUGAAGUGUCUCGCAUACUGGCCCAGAAACAAUGACAUGAGCCAAGCAACUUACAGUGGGUUUGAACGGGACGUGUUCAGAACAGUUGCUGAUUAUUUUCUCAGUCUCCCUGAGCCAUUACUUACUUUUGAAUACUAUGAACUUUUUGUUAAUGUUUUAGUUAUGUGUGGCUACAUCACAAUUCCAGAUCUGUGCAGUGGAAAACGUUCUGUCCAAGAUGAGAAAUGUGACCUACAGCCUUCAAAAACUCUUCACUUGAACUCUUUCAAGUCAACUGAGUGUCUUCUCCUAAGCCUUAUCCGCAGAGAGCCUGACAAGAAAAAGAAAAAUGAAGCUUCCAGAAGGUUUUCUUCGGAAGAGCCGACUGUCCAAAACCAGUACACUAAGACAUGGCAGCAAUAUAAACUGAGACAGCAGCAAGGCAGUGCUGGCAAUCUGAUAGGAGGAAGCUGCCAGAAUCUUUCAGGUGUCAGGAAGGAACAAGAUCCACCUGGAUCCUUUAGGACAAGGUGUUACUCCUUGGAAAGAAUCGGAGCUGCUCCUUCAAGUGUGUGUGGUAAAGGAGGAUGUGAUUCCCUCAGGGAAGGUGGUGAGAACACCAUCACAAGAAAUGGAAACCAGUCACUGCUUUGUGAGCACAAAGCUAAUUCUGUGUUGGAGCUGGGCUGUGAUAACAUCUGUCAAACACAAACCCAGGGCAACAAGAGAUUAUCUGCCUCAGCUCUGCAGGGUGAGCUGUUGGAUGGCGCUCACGGGUCCAAGCAGAUGUGCCGCUCUCUGAGUUCACUGGGCAAGAGGAACUGCAGAAGCUGCACAGCCAUUAACAGACCAGUUGCUGAAAUCGUAGUAAAGCCAAGGGCUCAGCUUUGGGGGCAAGGAAAAACAAAUCCCUCUGGGGUGGCUGCUUCAGUGGACGUCAGGACUGAGGAUUCCGAAAUCACCAUCGAAAAGAGACUCUGCAGAAGCAGCACAGAACUCUCAGAAAGCUCUUUCACCCCCUCCCCUUAUGUGUUGACUGGCACGCAAAAUCUCCUGCAGCCUCACUUGGAAAGGAUUGCUGUGGAAGCUCUACAGAUCUGCUGUUUGCUGCUUCCACCCCCAAACCGUAGGAGGCUCCAGCUUCUGAUGCGGAUGAUCACUCGAAUCAGUGGGAAUGUUGACAUGCCACGGCUGCACGAUGCCAUGGGCAACAGGUCCUUGCUGAUCCAGACGUUUUCCCGCUGUGUGCUGCGCUGUGCAGAGGAAGUGGACCUGGAUGAGCUGCUUUCUACACGACUGGUUUCAUUUCUGAUGGACCAUCAGCAGGAAAUAUUCCAGGUCCCAAUUCACCUGCAGGCUGCUGUGCGAGACCACCUUGAAUACGUGCGGGUGGCUCAGUGCAAAUGUCCCAAGGAAGAAAUUUGUGCCGUAUUGCCAACAUAUUCAUACUGCAGACAAAUCACCCCUCAGGAGUUCGAGGAACAAAAGGUUUCUACCUCUCAAGCUGCAGUGGCAGAGCUCUUGGAGAACAUUAUCAAGGAUAAAAAUUUGUCUGUGAAAGACAAAAAGAAAAAGUUAAAACAGUUCCAGAGGGAAUACCCCCAGAUCUACCAGAACAGGUUCCCAACGACAGAGAGCGAAGCGAUGCUGCUGGAGAACAAACCCACCAUCAAGCAGCCCAUGCUCAGCCUGAGGAAGCCCAGGUUUCGGAGCCUGAGAGUGGAGCAUCCAGCCGGGGGCUACAAGAAGCUCUUUGAGACGGUGGAGGAACUGUCCUCUCCAGUGACCACCCAUGUCACAGGCCGGAUUCCUACCUGGCUGCGAGGAAGCCUCCUGAGGUGUGGUCCUGGCUUGUUCGAGGUGGGCUCGGAGCCCUAUUACCACCUCUUCGAUGGCCAGGCAUUGCUCCACAAGUUUGACUUCAAGGAGGGGCAUGUCACCUACCACAGAAGGUUUAUCAGGACUGAUUGUUAUGUGCGAGCAAUGACGGAGAAAAGGAUUGUUAUAACGGAGUUCGGCACCUACGCGUACCCAGACCCCUGCAAGAACAUCUUCUCCAGGUUCUUCUCCUACUUCAAAGGUGUGGAGGUCACGGACAACGCCCUGGUUAACGUCUACCCUGUGGGUGAGGAUUACUAUGCCUGCACUGAGACCAACUUCAUAACCAGGAUUAACCCAGACACCUUGGAGACAAUUAAGCAGGUGGAUCUCUGUAAAUACGUGUCCAUUAACGGGGUAACGGCUCAUCCCCACAUUGAGGACGAUGGGACAGUUUACAACAUUGGGAAUUGCUUUGGAAAAAACUUUGCCCUCGCCUACAACAUCAUCCGGAUUCCUCCACUGCAGGCAGACAAGGAGGACCCGAUGAACAAGUCACAGGUGGUGGUGCAGUUCCCCUGCAGUGACAGGUUUAAGCCAUCCUACGUCCACAGCUUUGGGCUGACCUCAAACUACAUCGUGUUUGUGGAAACACCAGUGAAAAUCAACCUCCUCAAGUUCCUCUCCUCCUGGAGCCUCUGGGGAGCCAACUACAUGGACUGCUUCGAGUCCAAUGAAACCAUGGGGGUGUGGAUCCACGUGGCCGAGAAGAAGAAGGGCCGGCUCCUCAACAUCAAGUACCGCACCUCGGCCUUCAACCUCUUCCACCACAUUAACACCUACGAGGACAACGGGUUCCUCAUCGUCGACCUCUGCACAUGGAAGGGGUUUGAGUUUAUUUACAAUUACCUGUACUUGGCCAACCUCCGGGCAAACUGGGACGAGGUGAAGCGCCACGCAGAGAAGGCCCCGCAGCCCGAGGCCCGCAGAUAUGUCCUACCCCUCAACAUCGACAAGGCUGACACAGGGAAGAACCUGGUCACCCUGCCCUACACGACAGCCACAGCGACACUGCGCAGCGACGAGACCAUCUGGCUGGAGCCUGAAGUGAUUUUCUCAGGGCCGCGUCACGGUACAAAUGAGACCCCAAAUCCCAACAGCAUAAGUACUGCCUACACUCCCUGUCCCACUGAUCCUCAUGCUUUUAUAUAUUUAUUUUUUAUUGUAGCCUUUGAGUUCCCACAGAUCAACUACAAGAAAUACAGUGGGAAGCCAUACACAUACACGUAUGGGCUGGGGCUGAAUCACUUUGUCCCAGACAGGCUUUGCAAGCUGAACGUUAAGACCAAGGAGACCUGGGUGUGGCAGGAGCCGGACUCAUACCCAUCGGAGCCCAUCUUUGUUUCCCAUCCGGAUGCUCUGGAGGAAGAUGAUGGGGUUGUGCUGAGCAUUGUGAUCAGCCCAGGCACAGGGCCCAAGCCCGCCUACCUGCUCAUCCUCAGCGCCAAGGACAUGAGUGAGGUGGCCCGGGCCGAGGUGGAGGUGAACAUCCCUGUGACCUUCCACGGGUACUUCAAGAGAGCGUGACCCUGCCAGCCACACCUCACGUAGGUCUGUUCCAGUUCCCAAAGGGGCAGUCUCCAUUUACAGCCACCUACAAUCCUUCAACAUCCCCUUUUGUUUGUGUGGCUGCAUCAUUCACAUUGAGCGCUUCAAUUUUGGCCAUGAUUCUCCAAUAUGCUUGAUCAGGUAUUUUUUAAAUACAACCU